AUUAGGGCCCAGAUAAAACGUCCCCGCCCCACCUUUUCCCUUACAGAGGCUUGUCCCCAUGCCCGGCUGGCCAGAGCAGGACCUGGCCGCGUUCCUCGCCAACCUCCUGCUGUCUGCUGCGUGCCUCGACUCUGCCACCCGGACCUUUCAGAUCAACCGGGGGGCUGCUGCUGGGUUUUUCCUCCAGGCCCUCGGGCCCCUCCUGGAGACUGCCCCGCUCCUGGUGGCCCCGUUUGGGCCCAGCUGGCAGUGGGCCCAGCCCCCAGACCACGCCUGGGCCUGCACAGUGGUUGGGCUUCCGCUGCUGGCCUUUGGCUUCCACUGGCUGAACGGGGACUGCUUCACGGCCAACGUCCUCUUGGGAGGCGCGCUGAUGCUGGCUGGCAGCCGGAGUUACUUCACAGAAGAAGGCAAAGCCCUGGUGGCCCAUUCCGUUGUCUCUGUGGUCACCAUCACCAUCUUCAUUGUCUCUGUCUUCACUGGAAGCCGCUACGGGGUUGCGGGUAGCCUCUUGGUGGGGGUGGCCAGCCUUCUGGCAGGAACUGGACUGUGGCCACUGCCAGCCCUGAAGGAGACAGACGCCCUCCGCUGUCUCAUGGCAGCCGCAAACCUGGCCCUGUGCCGGGCUCUCCAAGGGCAGCACCUAGAAUUGGGCGGCAGCCACAGGGAGUGGUUGGCUGUGUCAGCUCUUUGAUGGGGAGGC